AUGAACCCACUGGGGACGAUGUUCUGGAAAAAAUCAAUCCAAGAGGAACCUAAGAGCACAAUGAGCAAAUAUCAUGAGGAGGUCGAUUCAGCAGCGGCUCCGGUAUGCAUCUUCUCUUCCCCUUUGCCUUCAAUUACAGCAAGUUUGUUUCAGCAUCAAACAGCCUCCCUCAUCAAGCCGGACAAGAUAUCUCCGCCGCGGUUCUUCAUGGACGAGGAAAUGAUGGGGCCACCUCCGCAAAUUCCAUCCCAACCCAAGCGCUAUAGAGAUCAGCGACCACCAAACCCUCCCCUAGACUUUACACGUAUUCAGGCAUCGGCCAUUCAGCAUACAAGCAGGCGCGGAAAGCCACCUCCCCCGCCACCUCCUCGAGGUCUUCCUAAGGCGAAUCUGGCGAUGCUCGCUGCCCAGCAUGCAAUUCCAACCCCUCCUCCCAGACCGCCCUUGGCGGUUGGUGAACCUAGGUUUAUCAAACCCCCUCCUCCACCAGUAGCUUCUACGGUAAAACCUGAGCCUCAGUCGUCUACCACAAUUGUUGGUCGAAUGCCGGCUCAGCAACCAGGACCCUACAUGAAAUUGAGUGAAUCAGCCAGCCUCAUAGCGCGGCGCAUCCCUUCCGUAAACCCUCCUCUAGAAAGCCCGAGCCCGAGCCCGAGCUCGAGUCUUGGCCUACCAUCAAGAAAUAGACCUGUAUCCGACCUAGUUCGUGACUCGAAGCUCAUCGCUUUUCAGACCGAUGAUACCUCAAUAGUCCGCCAUAUCGUCUAUACUUCAAAUCCCCAUAUGCGUCAAAGACGAAUGAAGACGGAGGAAGCGUGGAAAAGGCGUGAAAAGCUUGGUACUGGUGCCUUUGGACAGGUCUAUCUAGAGGAACUUCUAAGUGGAAGUGAGGCUGGAAAGCUCCGCGCUGUUAAGGAAAUUGCAAAGACGCCGCCCCAGGACCCAAGGAAGGAAAUUGACUAUACUCGGGAGCUAGAGGCAAUCGCCAAAUUCUCCCAUCCCAAGUAUGUUCAUUGUUUUGUGAAAUCAUACGGUUGGUACGAGAGUGAUUUGACGAUAUUUAUUACUAUGGAAUAUGCCAGCAAGGGCAAUCUUCAGGGUUAUCUAAGGAAGCCGUUUCCUGAAGAAGAAGUUAAGCAGAUCACAUAUCAAAUUGCUGAGGGCAUCUCCUAUAUGCAUGAGAACAGCUUCGCCCAUAGGGAUCUGAAGCCUGCGGCAAGUCGGCUAUAUCUAAGCUUCAAAGAGGAGGUCACUGCUUUCCACACACUAGUCGGAACGAGAGGAUACCUAGCGCCCGAGAUUCUUGGCUUCUUCUCCCCCGAAGACACCAAUGCCCACCAGUAUGGCCAAGGAAAUAACAUGUACACUGUUUCUGUGGACCUGUGGGCUCUUGGAGCCAUCACGUUCCGGCUCCUGACGAACCAUGAUAUCUUCGUCAAUCCUCCAGAUGUAGGACGAUACGUGAUAUUGAAACAACCAUUUCCGACUUCUCCUCUUCUAGAGAAGAGAAUAAGCGAUACUUGCGUAAACUUCAUUGAAAAGAUUAUGGCUAGAUCUCCAGCAGACCGACUUUCAGCGCAUCAAGCUCUUAACCACGCAUGGUUAUCCGAGCUACAUGACCCAGCACAGCAAUUGGAUGGCAUGUCGACUAUGACUAUUUCGAGUAACAACAGGCCCACGGAGAAUAUGGAACCAGAUUAUUCUGAUUCAACAGCAAGCGCACAGUGGCCAACAUGGGCUCAAUAG